CGUUACUUUCAACCAAACUCCUAUAUUGUGAUCGCCAUUGUCACUGUACGAGAAAUCUGAUUUAAUCUUUAGGCAAUUACGUUCGGCAUAUGUUGCUCACACAGUAUCUGCGAUGGUAACAUUCCGAGUCUUCGGACCCUUCUUGUUCAGCCUAGGCCGUCGUUAUGACAAGGCUGACUCUCUGUUUCUCUCGAUGAGUAACCACAUUCGAGACAAGAGCACCCGGAAGGAGGCUAUCUGGAGACAGCAAACGCUGCUUGCAGCUUUCACGAGUAGUGGAGCUAAACAGCGUAUCAACACUGCCGCAGGCUCAGUAGUUGAAGAAAUUGUCACCGCUGUGAAGUAUUUUGCUGACCCUAGGGAAGAGGAGGCCAUUAAGAUAGCUGUUCGCAGGAUCGUCAAACUCGCGGCAGAGACAUGGCGUUUCGCUCGACUCGAACGUGAGAUGAUCACGGCAACGAUGCCUGCAGUCUACGAUCAAGACCACGAAUUCGCCGGCCCAGACUACUGGUCAGCACAUAAGACAGAAGACACACCAAUUGCAUCUCUUGCAGGGACAGCAGUACCAGAUGAGCGACCGAAGUUGUUGCUGAGAAUAUUCCCGGUUAUUCAUCGCGAGCCGAAACACGAGAAUCUUCGAGCGGCAGACGAGCCUCCCGAUGAGGGAUGCAUCUAUCAUCAUGGAUUGGCUCUCUAUGACGAUGCGAAGGCGGUAGAGACGAGGAGGGAGGAGAUCAAGCAAGCAGCCUAUAAUCCCACCCCCCUGUCACCCGCCUCCACCUCCUCCAGUCGAGGCCGAUGAUGCUGCCUCUAUCAAGUCACGAACCCCAACUGUCGUACCAGUGCCAACAUCUCGCUCACGACCAGCUUCUCUACGCUCCGAUCCCCCUUCUCACCCGCCUCCACCACCACCAGUCGAGGCCGAUG